GCCACUCUGAAGGGGUUGGCAGGACGCGAAGUGCCGGUCGCAGCAGCACUGCUGAGCAGCAUUAUUCUCCGCUGGUGGAGGACACGGAACACGAAGAGACCAAGGCUGGCUCUGUCCCAGAUGAGGACUUGCCCAAGGUGGCGGCCAGUAAAGCCAUUUCCGUGCUGAAAAAGAUGGAGCACGACGGCUUCUGCAGCAUCGAAGCGGAUUCUGUCUACGGCGCUGCCGUCGCAAUGCCGCAGAUCGCGCGGAGCUGCGGAUGGCCCGGCUCCCUGAUUUCUGUGGUGAUCCGCGUGUACUUCUUCACGAUGCUUAACUUCUUGAUGCAGGGUUUCCUGCUCUCGAUGAUCGGGGAGGAGCAGCUGAUGAUGUACCCUUUCGCGGGGCAAAUGCACCUGUGCGAUUUCGGUGCCUCGAUCAAGGAGUGCCCAGAUGCCCCCAAUUGCAAGGGGCCGAUGGGCACCACCUACUCCAUGCCUCGGCUCUAUAGCUUUCCCAUCUGGAGCACGCGGGUCUUCGUGAAAGAUAGCCUCAAGGCGAUCUUCCCGGACCUCGCGGAAGAGAUUGACGCCAAGGUGGACCCUGGUGAGUAUGGCUUAGAGAGCUACCACUGUCGUUUAGCACGGAUGCCUAGACCCGGAGGGCCAAAUUGGCUCAGGUACCGGGAGGCCUCGAAGGCAAGACCAUUGGCGGUGGCGUUUGUGACCUGCUACGGCAAGGGCAGCGCCUCAGAUCUGGUGGCGCAGAUGGUGGUGGAGAGGAAGGCUCGGCCGUCCCUGCAGCGGAACAUGGCCUUCGCACUCUUCAGCGGCGCCUAUUUGGGCAUAGGUCAACACUUUGUGUACAACAUCGCCUUCACCCGGCUCUUUGGCGCAGGCAUGGACCUACGCGUCGGGAUGCAAAAGGUGACGGCAGACCUCGUCUUCCAUGUGCCGUUCAUGUACUUGCCGCUCUACUACAUGUUCGAAGACACUGCUUUGGGCGUGGGCAACCCCUUCAGUGGUCUGCAGCGCUGGUGGAAUGAGCUACCAGGAACCAUGGCUGCUUACGCCAAGAUUUUCCCCAUGUUUCACCUCUUCAACUUCACCGUCACACCUCCUGAGCUUCGGAUUUCUCUCAUCGCGUGCGUCUCGUUGCUUGCAGCUUUUGGCUUUCGAAACGUGCGGAAGGAACCCGAACGGUUGAAGCUGUUCGAAGAGACGCCGAAAGAAGACCACCUCUUUGAGUUCAUGACAUCCCUGGAGUUUGGCUGCACAGAGGCCUGCGUCUUUCUCUUCAUGCUGGCGGUGGCCGAGGACCUCAAGGAGUCCAUCGGCCUCGCCAGGACCUUGUGGCGCCUGCCCUCACGCUCCGACCCCUGGAUCUCGUACUCAUGGCCCACAUGGGCCAGCAAAGAGGAGGUCAAGAAGAUCAAGGAGAUCAAUGAGCUCGACUGUGUGAAGUUUCAUGUGGCUGGUAUCCCGACCGCUUGGAAGGUCUUCUACUACUUCUUUGUGGUCCUUCCAAAGUUCGGUCUUUGGCUGGCUGUGGCGAAGUCGGGUGUGCACUACUUGAUGGAGACGGCGGGCAUUGUGGACAUGAUUGUCAAUGCCAUGGCCCUGACGUUUGUGCUGGAGGUUGAUGAGAUGGUCUUCCAUCGCUUCACGACCUCCCUGACGAAGCACAUCAUGAAGCACAUCAUGAAUAACAUUCAGGACCUUCCCAAUUUCGACACCAAUAUGGAGGACUCAGAGACAGAUCAGCAGGCCCUGGAGAGGUUCAAGGCCGAAGAGUUUGGGACCAAGGGAUGGGGCAAGUUGCUGAUGUGCAUUCCCUGGCGUCUGAUCUUUGUCUUGGUGCUGCAGGCGCUCUUCGUUUGUGACUACUACCACGAGAACUGCCAGCAUCUGGAGGACGGCAGCUGGGUCUCGAAGGAGCUGCGCUUGCCGAAGGUGCUUGCGUAUCGGCCCAUCGAGCUGAUGUUCGGCCUGCUGUCCACCGAUGGAGAUCCGGUUUGGAAGAUGCCGUCUGAUUGA